CGAGAGAUUGACAAUCAAACACAUCAGGAUAAGAUGUAGGGAUAGGGAUUUGAGCUCGAAAGGAGAGAUUGAACUGGAAAGGAGAGACUUUGAACUCGGAAGGAGGGAGUUUGAACUCGGAAGGAGAGAGUUCAGUUUACCUUUGACCGUUUCCCACGUUCCCCUUGUCCUUCUGUUCGCGCCUUUCUCUCUUGUUUCCCUUUCCCCCUACUUAUUCCCAUCGGACUCGCAGUCUUUAAGAAGGUGCAAGUCAAAUCACAGAGAGGAGACGAAACUCUGAAAAGAGAGAGUGGAAAGUUCGAGAGAGACAGUCGGCUUAGAUUGUAGGUUUCCUCCCUACCUUCUUCCUCUCGUUUUCCGGUUCCCCUCCGCCCCUCCUUCCCCCAUCUCCUCCCCCUCCUCCCCCCCAUCUCCCCCUUUCUUUGCGUCCGUUCUCCUUGUCUCUUAGUCUUGACGGUCCUUUUCUCCUUUGGAUUCUUUUUUUUUCUGGGAAAAAAAGAACAGAAUUUUAAGGAGAGGAGGGCAAAAUGAUCGGGACGCGUAGAUUGCCAUCUCCGUUCUGCUUUCUCUUUUCCUUUGUUGCCAUCAUAUCCGUGUACAUUCUGUUACGAGAUCAGCGUCUAAGUUCAUCAUCUUCUUCUCGCGAUGAGAGAGUAGGACAAGGAAGAGGCGGAAUAUUAGGAGGAGAAUCAAGAUUGAUUAGUAUUUCAUCAGCUUCUUCGCUGGAUGAGCAGAGCAGAUUGAGGUUGAAAAUUGAGUUAUGUCCGAAGCAAAACCCGUUGGAAGCUUUGAUAACUGGCGAUGGCGGUGAUAUCACCAUCCCGCCGACGGACCCUUCUCUCUCUUCUUUCAAAGAUAGGGACCUUUGCGAUCUUGAUGCUGCCGAGAUUGAGCGCAUUCGUUCCAAACCUCACGGUUACAAGAGUCAGGAGAAUAGGUAUUGGAUUGAUGGGGAAUGGCGCAUCUUUGACGAAGCAUGGCAGUUAACGGAUGCAAAAACAGAUGCUUUUGUAUGUCUGAUAGUGAGUGUGAAGGGCGAAGUACCCUGUCGGGAAGAUGAGUGUCUGAUUCCACUUCACGUUCGACCUAAAGCUUCGGAUCUAAAUGUCGUCAAGCAACUCUUCGAACAACAGGAAUACAGUUUUGUUGCCGACUUCUCACCAAAGACCAUUCUGGAUGCGGGAGGGAACAUCGGGAUGGCAUCGGUCAUUUUCGCCACCAUAAAGGAAGGUGAGUUACGUCUCUGUAUUGAUUAUAGAGGGUUGAAUGUCAUCAGUGUUAAGAAUGCCGAACCUCUUCCACGAAUUGACAACUUGACCAGUUACAGGGAUGCAAGUAAGAUCGAUUUGAAAUCUGGGUACCACCAGAUCGAGGUGGAACCAUCCGAUCAGGAUAAGACCGCUUUUCGGACCAGGUAUGACCACUACGAGUUCGUGGUAAUGCCCUUCGGAUAAACGAAUGCCCCUGCUACUUUUCAAAGGUCAAUGAAUGACUUGUUUUGUCAAUGGUUGGAUAAAUUUGUUAUUGUCUA